AUGCUGAGCUACUCCCGUACUAACAUACACGAUGCUAUCGUCUCUCUAGAGCCUCAGAUGGACUACAUCUGCAAGGUCAGUGGCGCCAUUGGACUUUCGUUAUCCGUUGUUUCGGGUGGGAAAGAAGCCUAUGCCAAGUAUCUCGGUUCCCGAGACGUUGAAGGUCAGAAUACACCGGAUGGCGAUACAACGUACUUCAUCGGCUCUGUGACCAAAGGCAUGGUGGCAGCUUUAGUGGGCAUGCUGGUUGAGGAAGGGAAGCUCGGGUGGUCGACUCGUGUCGCCUCACUACUGCCCGAGCUCCAAGAUACAUUCGAGGGCCGCGGCUCGCAGAUCACUAUCGCUGAUCUCUUAUCCCAUCGCACUGGAGUGGCGCGUAGCAACGCCAUCUGGAUUUCACAUACAGGGAAUAUCCUGCUCCCAAAAGACUUCAGGACUGACUUCCUCUACAAUAACUACGCCUACAACGUGGUUGGCCGAAUCAUUAAGAUUGUUGAGCAGAAGAGCCUUAAACAGGUUUUCAAGGAGGCAAAGGCCUAUUACGCCCUAAAAGAUGCCUCUUCAUAUGAAGUUCCAAUUCCUACCAUAUCCCACAAAACCAUCAUGGGAGCUGGUAGGGCCAUUAGAAGCUGCACCAAUGACCUGGCCAAAUACUACAGCAGCUUUAUACACGCAGUCAAUAAUCAGUUCAACAACAAGACGACUUCAACCCUAAACUCGCCAUUCAAGCAGCUCACUACAAUCCUCCGACCUCACAAUCAGCUUGGCGUCACCUCUUUGCGCGAGCAGUCUUAUGCACUGGGCUAG